CGUCAUCAAACAUGUCUCGUGCCACAUUCCCCAAACUGCGCGAGGGCACUCAGGGCAGUGAGAGACCGUUCUCGGUUUAAGUUCUCCACAGUUCUCGCUUUGUUCUCUGCCGUUGCAUAGGACCCUACAGCUGGUUUUGUUCCUUGGCUUCCUCCAGUCGUCUGCAGAAAGUGUGCUACUAUCGGUCGUGCGCCCUGUGUCUCAUCUGGUUGCCCGUUGACUGCAACAUUGCUCAAAAAGCCGCGUGUAUCAUCAGCCUUAGAGGUGAAGAGUUCCCUGGACGGCAGCUAAGGAAAGCAGCCUGGUCAGCUGGUCAAGCCUGUUGAUUUCUUCUGGCACUAGUGCUUUCUCGUGAAACGAAACCAUGGGGAAGCAGAACAGCAAGCUCCGCCCUGAGGUGAUGCAGGACCUGCUGGAAAGCACAGACUUUACAGAGCAUGAAAUCCAGGAAUGGUACAAGGGCUUUCUACGGGACUGUCCCAGUGGCAACCUCUCCAUGGAGGAGUUUAAGAAAAUCUACGGAAACUUCUUUCCUUACGGAGAUGCCUCAAAGUUUGCAGAGCAUGUGUUCCGUACCUUUGAUGCAAAUGGCGAUGGCACAAUAGACUUUCGAGAGUUCAUAAUUGCAUUGAGCGUCACGUCACGAGGGAAGCUGGAACAGAAGCUCAAGUGGGCGUUUAGCAUGUAUGAUUUGGAUGGAAAUGGAUACAUCAGCAAAGCAGAGAUGCUGGAGAUUGUGCAGGCGAUUUACAAGAUGGUAUCAUCAGUGAUGAAGAUGCCAGAGGAUGAGUCCACACCUGAGAAGAGAACAGAAAAGAUCUUCAGACAAAUGGACACCAACCGGGAUGGAAAACUGUCUCUGGAGGAGUUCAUCAAAGGGGCAAAGAGCGACCCGUCCAUUGUGCGUCUGCUACAGUGUGACCCCAGCAGUGCAGGACAGUUCUGAGAUCAGCGUCUCAUGCUUCAACCUUUUAUUUAUUUAUGGGUUUUAAUUUCGUUUUUGAUAUAGUCGCUCCUUCCACUCGCAGGGAAAUGAUGGAGGGUGAGGUUUUUUUCCAGAGUAGGGCAUCUGGGUCUCAUCAGACUGAGCUUGGCCAGAUAUAGAAACACGCGCACGCAGAGUUAUUGGCUGCGUUAUCUCUGUAGGGAGCCGCACCGGGCCUGGAAGAGGGCUGUGAUGGAGUGAAUUAGGGUAACUAGAGAAUUUAUCUGAGCUCGAAUCACUUCCUGAUUAGAAAAGAGGUUUCAUGUCAAAGUACGUACGUAGUCAGUUUUAUUCUUAUUUUCUCUGGGUAUUAGAUGAGGCAGUUUAAUCUUGACUGAUACAGGAAUAUAAGAUGCACUCAGUAAAACAGUUUUAUUCUUAAUUUUUUUUAUUAUUAUUAAAAAAUAUCUGAUGCCUGAAUCAAUAGUGUGUAAACACCUCAGCCUUAGUGAUUUACAUAUUUGGGUUAUUUUUAACUUUAUUUAGACUAUGUAGUUUCUCUCAAUUAAUAGUUUGGCCAGCAUUAUUAUUGGCAGAUCACAGUAUUAUUAUCCAAUGGGACCAAUAAAUCAGGCAUGCAGAUUUUCCAGUUGUAUGAAUCCCCACGUUGUGCUUACAAUCUGAAGAGCCUUAUUAGUCCUGGAAGCGCACAUCCAAUUUUGUGUGGUGUAGUUUGGUUUUAGUCGAACAGUCUAGGUUCAAAAGACAUGAAAUGAACUGCAUUCUCUUUUACCAGUUUUCUAAUGUUUGUACUCUAGUAACUGUAGGCUUGUAUAUAAAUCUGAAAUAUCAGACACGCAUGCAAAACUGUACUCAGAGUUCCAUCCUAGGAGGCAGCGAUCGGUUUUAUUGACAUUUUUAGCAGAAGCAUGUAACCACGUUUAUCUGCAUUUGUGGAUAGGAGAGUAUUUGUGUAAUGUGUAUGCAUGUGUUGUGUGUACUGUAUGUGUUUGGUUAAUAUCAGUUACAGCCCUGUUUAAUCAUUCUGGUUCUAGAUGUUGUGUGAUGCAUCGUUUGCAUUAUUGCAGAACGUUUUUGUUAUUGAAGAAGAACUAAAGCUUUAUUGAUUCAAAGCUAAUUUGAUUUUAGAAUCACAUUUAUCUGCUAUACAGACAGUCUUUAACUCUGGAUUGUACACAUGAGCAUCAUCAAGUUACUGAAUUGCCUUAUACACACUCAAGUGUUUCUGUGGGUGAUUGAUUUUUUUAUAUGGCUUUGUUACUUUUUUUUUUUUUAAUCAAGCUUAAAUUGCAGUAAAUUUGCUUCCAUCAUCCAUCUGUUGAAGAGUUGUGAUCCAUGUUCUUCCCAUUCACCCCUUUAACAGAUAAUGUAAUUAUGUUGACGGCCUUUUGCUUAAUAUAUUAACCUGUCAUACUGAGUUGCACGCUCAUUU